GAAAAUGAGUCAACAAAAGUAAAAAACGACAAGUUGAGCUACUGUGAAAUCGAAUAUUAUGUAGUAUUAUGUAUGAAAUUAAAUAAUUUAUGUAUAUCGAAGGACAGUCUAUUCAAUUUCUACUUAGAAAAGAAAUAAUUAAGACGAUAAAGAGGUAUUUAGAAAAAAGAGCCUUUUCAUCUGUGAUUUUGACACAAAUUGAAAGCACUCUGUAGCAUUGAAAAAGUUUAAAAAUUGUAAUUAUUUCAAAAAAUUAGUGCGUGCAAUGCCGAGAUGCUACAACGAAAGUAAGGUGGUGAGUCCGGCGAGCAGCAGCGAAAAACAACAUUCAGAAGAUAUCUUGCUUACUCAGUCUCACGUAUUUUCUAUUGGUAAGCGGUUGGAUUUAGAAGAAGAGUCAUCUACCGUUGAGAAAUCUCACAGACGACUUCGAUGCGACUUGAGUCCUGUUCCAACCAGUGCCAAUACUGCAUUCAAUCUUCGGCUGUUAAAUAUCAAGGGUGAUAAAGGAAGUCGGUGUGAGCAUCAAGGGAGUUUAUCUGUUAGUGGAGGGUGCAGGGAUCGAGGGCAAGAGGUCAAAAAGAAAGCAGCUAUAGGCAACGCGGUGCGUGGAUUCUUCCCAUCUGGCCACAGCAGACAGGACAGGUAUGAGACAAGCAGGCAACGAUCGCCGGGUAAUACUGGUGCAGUUGGUUUAUCGGGCUUGUGUCCUAAGCUGGUGGCCGGUGGUGGCAACAGUGCUGGUCAAGGUGGUAACAGUUUGGGUGUGGGCCACUUAACCUCUCAGGAGGGGGCAGGGCCCUGUACCAUUGUUACUAACCAACGAAUUCACAAUCAUUCGCACAGUCAUCGCCGGCAGAGGAAGUUUUCUGUGAUAUCACAGGGAAGUUCGAAUUCAACUUCCUCGGGGGAUCGAAAGGUCCAGCCAAAUGUCAGUCGUCCUUCCUUAGUGUUCUGUAAGAAGCAGUUUCGUACAAGUCGAGUGGAUAAUCGGGAAGACUCAAUUUCAUUAACAAGCAACGGAGUUCCAACCAGCACUCCUUCCCCAAAGAAAAGGACGUCGUCCGUUCUGAACUCUUCAGAUAAAUCGUCAUCUAGUAGUUUUAAUUUAGCUUCCUUGGAUCAUGAUAAUGAACGAAGUUUUAGCGAUGCUGAAGAAGCUAUUACUGCAACUGAAAGAUUAUCCAGAACAUCAGGUAUUAGCUCCACACCUUCCACGCCUACUGGGAAAGUGAAAGCUAGGAGAGUCAACAAGGAGGAAAAGUGUGUAGAUCGGAACAUGCUCUCUGAAAAUGCAGGAGUAAAUAUGACUGAAUAUAAUCAGAAAUUAAUUGCUUUCGACACUUCCGAGGAGAAUCUGUUGUCGGCAGAUUCGUCCCAGAUUAAGGCGAUAGCAACUUCCGUGCAGAAAGUCUCGCCCAACAAUUUCGAAGGUGAAACGGCAGCUAAAACUAAACGAAAGGUUUUAUCCGGUGCCUAUGUAAAAUGUGUGGAUCAUGUCGAGAGAGCAUCCUCGUCUAAAUUUGAGGGCGAUGACGAGAAGGCAAUUGCCCGAAGGACUUUCAAAGAUUUGGUAGGUAAUACCUCCGAAACGAAUGCGGACGUUCUGUCGAUAACGAAGAGGGUACCCAUUGUCUCAAUUGAUGGUAACGGUACCAGUGAUAGCGAAAGGAAAGAUCCACCACAGACUGGUGAAUGUGAUCGAGUAACAAUUACUGGAAAGAGAUUGUCUUUCAGCAGUCCUGAAGAAAAGAGUAGCAGCACACGGAGGACAUGUAGUGACCAGCAAAGAGAUGACGGAGAAGAUCCUCGUGUAGAAACUUUAAAAAAUUCAAGGUUCUUGACUUCUGAGAUAGAGGAAGAAGAAAUGAAAUUUAAAAGCGAGGACCUGGAAUGUGGCAGGAAGCAGGAUAUGGAUGAAGUGUGUACGUACGAUGAGGAUGACAACGGAACUAGUAUCAGUGACAUUGUUGCUACUCAAGCGCUUCAUGAAUCUUUAAGUAAACUGGGAAAAGUACCUCCUUUAGAUGCAAACAUGAUGGACGAUACUGAAACUGAACAAGGGGGAUCUGUUGAACAAGAGGAUGUGCAAGAUCAAAAGGAGGAGACUGUGUCGGAAGAGGUUGUUGAAGGAUUCAUAGGUCCCCUACUUGAUGAAAACUUUAAAGCGGACGAAAAGCUAACCCAGAAGACGAUGGCAAUGGAAGAGGUCAGAAAUCUUUUAAUGAAGGUCAAAGUUCAAAACAUACAAGAUGACGAUGAUGAAGAGAAAGCCAUUGGAAUUUCACCGGACGGACGGUUUUUGAAGUUUGAAGAAGAAAUCGGCCGGGGUAGCUUUAAAACGGUGUAUCGUGGCCUUGACACGCAGACAGGAGUAGCUGUCGCCUGGUGCGAACUACAGGAAAAAAAGUUAAAUAAAACGGAAAGACUGAGAUUUCGCGAGGAAGCGGAAAUGCUAAAAGGACUGCAACAUCCUAAUAUUGUACGAUUUUAUGAUUACUGGGAAGUUACGCUUACACGCAGAAAGUAUAUCGUUCUAGUCACCGAACUCAUGACCUCUGGUACUUUAAAAACGUACCUCAGGCGCUUUAAGAAGAUCAAUCCGAAAGUAGUGAAAUCGUGGUGUCGACAAAUUUUAAAAGGCCUCAGCUUCUUACACUCCAGAUCACCGCCUAUCAUUCACCGUGAUCUGAAGUGUGACAAUAUUUUUAUCACUGGAACGACUGGUAGUGUAAAAAUUGGCGAUUUGGGCCUGGCUACAUUAAAAAAUCGCAGUUUUGCAAAGAGCGUAAUAGGGACUCCAGAAUUUAUGGCUCCUGAAAUGUACGAGGAACAUUACGACGAGUCAGUGGACGUUUACGCCUUUGGCAUGUGUAUGUUGGAAAUGGCUACCAGCGAGUAUCCAUACUCCGAAUGCACCGGACCAGCACAGAUUUACAAACGAGUUGUAUCGGGUGUGAAGCCACAGAGCUACGACAAAGUUGAAAAUCCAGAAGUACGCGAUAUCAUUGAAAUGUGUAUUCGUUUGAAAAAGGAAGAGAGGCCUCUGGUGAAGGACCUUCUUAAUCACGAAUUCUUUGCAGACGACGUGGGUUUGAAACUAGAAAUGGUAUCGCGCGACACAGCAGUUACAGACGUGGAGUUAUCCCGUGUAGAGUUUCGGCUACGUGUUUUAGAUCCGAAGAAGCGGACUAAUAAACAUAAAGAGAAUGAAGCUAUUCAAUUUGACUUUGACAUACAGGGAGACAAUGCAGAGGAAGUAGCUUCUGAAAUGGCAAAGUCGAGCCUCAUACUUGAAGAAGAUGCCAAAGCUGUAGCAAAAAUGUUGAAAUCACAAAUUGCUGGUUUACUUCGAGAUAGAGACGAACGAAAAGCUAGAGAAGAAAAGGAACGGUUAGACAGAGAAGCUGAAUCUAAUACAGUUACCGACAAUUUGUUGCAACAACAGCAACAACAGUUGCAGCAGCAACAAAUUUUACUGCAACAGAUGCAGUUACAGCAACAACAGAUUCCGUCUGGUAUGGGUUUACAAUUACAAGGUCAAGUGCAAAUUCAGCCCACUGUUCAGCAACAACAGCAACAUAAUCUUCAGCCGCAGCAGGUUCAAUUGGUACAGCAACAGCCGUUGAUACAACAACAGUCUUCGGUUAUACAGCCUCAACAGGCACAACAAUUACAACAAAUUUCACAAGCCGCCCAACAACAAGUACAAUAUCAGCAACAACAACAAUAUCAGCAACAACUGCAGCAUGCACAGCAGCAACAGUACUCGCAACAAUUCACUCAAUCUGCUUCACAAAAUCUGACGGCAAGUUCACCACAGUGCUCGACACCUCAGACUAUUCAAAGUCAGCCUCAGUUUCCGCAGGUUGCUCAACAACAGCAAUCUCAACCACAACAAGCUGCACAACCACAGCAGCAACAAUACAUUCAACUAAAUCAGAUGAACGUAUCACAGCAAUUAUCGCACGCGUCAUCGGUCCCGCAACAAGUGCCACCGCAGCUGCAACAACAGCCACCGCAGCUGCAACAACAGCCACCACAGCUGCAACAACAGCAUAUACAGCAAGCCAUACCACAGAGUCAACAGUCACAAUCGCAAUAUCAACAGACGCAGGUGCAGGUUCAACACAUACAGCAGUUGCAUCAACAUCCUGUUGGUUCUCCACCGGUUCAGGGACAACAGUAUUAUCAACAAGGCGCUAACAGCAAUGCCACAUUUGUCAACGCGCCGCUCUAUCAGCAACCGAUACCGCAACAAAUGUUUCACACUUAUCCCACCUCUUCCGGUGCUACCGGGCAUAUCGAUAUCCUACCUUCGGCUCAACCCGCACAACAAAUCUACACUCAUUCCAAUGUGCCUGGGACUGCUGGAUCUUCGACUUCUCAAGCAUAUGGUCAAUCUGUAGGACAAGUACCACCUUCUCUACCAUCCGCUCUAAAUCACGUCCAGAAUUCAUCGUCAAUUGUCCAUGUACAAAAUACUCAGACUGCAAGUUCGGUACCUAAUAUUCAAAGCGCCCCGACUUUGCUCUCCAAUGGUUCCCAACAAGCCCAAUCACAGAUGACUGUUACACAGUUGCAGUAUUCUCAAAGUACGAAUGUCAUAUCUGCAGCAGCUCCUAUAAGUCAAGGCGUUCCUUCUCAGCAAUCGCAGUUGAACCAGUUGACGAAUGUAGACACGUCUUCAACAGUAGACAGGAACAUGCUCGUUAAGCAAGAUACUAUGGAUUCUGUGCAGUCUCUUCCGACUGAUGCACCUGCUGCAAUACAAGAUUCGGCAGUUGGAUCUUCUGUGGGAAUGGCUCAACAAGCUCCUAGUUCCAAUGAAGGAAUUACCCCAGAAAAUUCGGAAAGUGUUCCGGUACCAGAAAGGUGCAGAGUAAAACGUUCCGGUACAAAGCGCAGGAAACCGGGUAUUAAACUCACAGUUUUAUCCGUAAGCAGUGGCGAAGGUCAAUCAAUGACUGUAGAGUGCCAACUGGACACGAGCAAGCAAAAAACCGUAACUUUCAAAUUUGACCGUGAUGACAUGGUGCCUACCGAUAUUGCAAAUAAUCUGGUAGCCGAAAAUUUGUUACCUCAGUCUCAAUGUGAGACGUUUGUGGAAUUAAUAGAAGAUAUCGUGAAACAAUUGCGAUUAGAUCCGACACGCAGUUUGCCCUUAGUGGCGCAUGGUCCUCCGGACCAAUCUGCCGGAGGAAGUCCUGUCACGAGUCGGAGGCCUCGGGAUCGCGACCACAGUCUCGAUGCGGCUAAGGUGAGACAUGGCUCGCUAACUCGUCAAAACAGCCACCGGUCGUCCUUCAAAAUACACCGUAGACACCGCUCGAGAGACGAAACUUCCAACAGUUCGACACCAACAAAGCUUCUACCGAUAGACCAAAUAAUUUCUCAUAUCGCUUCCGUGCCACUGGAUAAGCAGCAAAGUGUCCAAACCCCUGAUGGUCAGGCUGGAGCUGAUAGUAUAUCUUCGGAGGCGUCCAGGCGUUCAUCCACAUCCACACAAAAUACAGAUACAUUGACCCCUACCAAUGUACCCAGCGAUGUGACAGAUACUCAGGAAAGCAUUGUCUCUAUCGCAUCAGCCGACACAAUUUUAGAAGCGACUCAACUUCCAGACGAAAUUGUAGAGCCUUCCCCGAAGACCGUACAAGCUACUGUCAUAAGUAUCCAAAAUGAAACACAGGAACCAUGUGGUGAGUUUCCACUUGAAGCAAAGGGCGAAGCAACAACUUUCAGCAAUAACGUUCCAGUGGCCCUUCAAACACCUCAACCUGAAGACUCAAGUAAUCCGGUAAUUUCUUUAAAUGCAUCGUCAAAUGAAGUAUCAAAAGCCCCUACUAUUCCGGUGCGAAAAAUAUCCCGUUUCCUAGUGAGCCCUGUUAUCGAGCAAAAACUUAGUACGGUUGAACAAGAGCAACAGAGUCAUACUGAGUUAAUAGAACGAACGAAUAUUACCACAAAUGAGCAGUGGUGCCAACAAGUUUCGCAAACAGAAUCAAAUGUUGUAGAAUCAUUGGAAAAAGUAGAAGAACCCGAAAUAAAGUUGACGGAUAGUCAAUCACACGAAGCGGUUAAUAACGAUAUUAUUCAAGUGUUGCAUCAAAUUGGCCCCGACCAGAUAGAAGGCGGACAGCAGCCCUUGCAACAACAACAAUAUCAUGCUCAGCAGGUUGCACAAACGUUACAAAAUUUUCCUCAGAAGCAGGUCGAGGCACCGCAAUUACACAAACCGAUUCCUCAAACUUUAAUUCAUCCAGGAUCGCUACCAACACAGCCCACCGCUCAGGUUCUCCCAACUGUUGUACCGGUCCCUCAUGGUUUGUCACAACAGAAAGAUGUAUCGACACAGCAGACGCAUCAAAGUGUAUCAAUUUCUCAAAUGCCCUAUCAAAACCCACUUCUAAUGCAACAUCAUAUUAAUUUACAACAACAGCAAAUCCCCAUGCAACAAAAACCGCAGCUCAUUCAGCAAGAACACGUUCAACUGAAAAUGCAGGCUGUAUGUCCAAUUCAGCAAACGCAACAGCAACAACAAUUCCUCCCGCAACAACAGCAAUAUGUGAUGCUCUGUGGUUAUGUACAGCAGUUACAACAAACAGAUGUAGAUGACAGAAAUCGCAGAGUAUCUAAUAUAUCUACUACAUCAAAUGUAUCUACUGAUUCUCAAGUGUCGGAAAUGUGUGGAACCUCCGAAGACAGGCGGCAAUCUAGCACAGCAUCGAAUGUAUUAAUGCAGCAAGUGUUUACGCAGCAGGAUUUUUCAAGUAGUGCCCUUAGUAGUCACGGAGCCACUGACUCUUCGUACUAUCCAGCAUCAGUACAUCACAAUUUAAUUCAGCCACUUGGAAAUGCCCCCAUUUCUGUUUCAAUUCCUGUUUCUGCUUCACCAAGCGUGGAUGCAGCACCAAAGAUAGCUGUGAAAACGAAGGAAAUGUCUUCGACUUUGCCAGAUCUUGCACAAAAUUUAGCUAAUAUACUUUCCAACCCCAAGUCAAAAUCUGUAACACCUCACUCACUACCGACACACGAAUCAUGUUUAAAUCCUAAUGUCCCUUCUACUCUUUUAGAGUACAAACCAAUUUUACAUUCUGAACAGUAUUUUCAACCAAUACAGCCAGAGAUCUCUCAAUUGCAGCUACAACAGCCGCUAACCCACUUGCAACAUAACCUCUACAGCCAGCAGUCUUUACCACUUAGUGUGCAACAAACUGUUCAAAGUGCACAUCAAAGUUUUCCGAUACAUCUACCACAUAAUAUAGCUCAGCUUCAGCAACAGUCGCAAAAUACUCAGCAGGUGUUACAGCUUGGAGUUCACCAACAAAUCGAUGCCGUGCAAAACCAAAUUUUACAACAAAAUCUCUCCGGGCUUCAACAACCAACCCAAAUGCCUUUACAUGGCCAAUGGAGCAUGUCUCAUUAUAUGGCAUCUGUUGAUCAACACCUUUUGCACCAUCCUCUAUCAGUUCAGCCUGGUCAGCCUAUAUUUACUCAACAUCAGGUUCAACAUUUACCACCUGCACACCAACAACAGCAAACAGCUCAAGAAAUACCCAUCGAAGAUGCUAUGAUACUUGACCAGCAACAACUGCAGCUUAAACUCAUCGAACAACAGCAACUUGCGAAGUCAUUGGAUUCAGAACCCAAUAUUGAAUGCACUCUUAGCAGACGGACAAGCUCAGAUUGUCAUUUGCUUUCAUCAGAGAAUGACAACUCUAGUCAUGAGGGAACACCUGAACAUACUGUAGUGGAAUCGCUCGAUUCCUCUAUCUUCAGUCAGCAUCACAUUUUACAACAGCAACAGUAUCAACAUCGCAAACUUAGUCAACAAAAUUCGUUGGAUAAAGUGACUGACAUUGGUAAUGCUAAUAUUGCGGGACCACAAACAAUAGCUGAUUUGCAACAAAAGUUGGUGCAGCUAACUAGCCAACCUUCUGAAUCGCUAAACAUUGCGACGCCGCCAAUAAGCCAUCCUGCUACCCCACAUAGUCAUCAAAGUGCCGGCGGAUAUGAUGCGUACAUGCAUUCUCUUCAGCAAAAAUUAAUUAACAUUGGAAUGCCAGUAUCAACAACAUGUCUGGGUCCGCUAUCUCCUCAAACAACUGUGUACUCGUCAGCUUGUCUUGUGGAAUCUACCCCUGGAGGCGUGGAUGAAAUGCAAGAACAAGUAACAUCUCAUUUGACACUACUACAAACAACGCAGAACAUGGAAUGCACUCUUGACAGUCCAACGCCGGGAAAUUCUGUAGGGCCAGAAACAAUGAGCCCAAGCAAGGAAGGGACUAAAGUACGAACACAAAGACCAGGUUCUAGACUUCAAGAGUUGGAACAAGAAUUGGCGAAAAUACAUCACAGAGGUCCUGUUAUGUCCUCGUCUUCGCCACAGAUAUUAACACCACCUGUAACUGGAAUCCAUCCGAUUCAGUUUCAAGGACAAGCACAAAAUUUGCUUGCGACUGUUGUUACAAUGUCUACGGUGCCAGUUGCUACCGUUACUCCUAGUAUUAGUACUUCGAGAUCCGGUGCCAGUACUCCUGUGCAGCUUGAAUUUCAAGAUAACGCAACAGAGAGGGUGGUACCAAGUCAGCCUGUACGAAAAAUAUCGAGAUUCAUGGUGUCAAAAGUGGCUGGACCACCAACGGGGGACUCUACAAAUCAGCAUUCAUUGAGCGAACAGAAUAAAUCGCAACAAUGUCAACAGUCGUACGAAGACUCUAGAGUUACCGUCUCCGUAAAUACCCAACUGGAUGAAUUUCAAAAUGUACCAGUACAAGUACUGCAUAGUCGAGAGGGAUCCCUACCGCUAACGACACCCGUUACCUCUGCUAGUUCUUCAACCACUGAGAAUGAAAAGGAGGAUAAGAAUCGGGGGCUAACACCGAGCGAAGAGUAUCAAUUACUGAUAAAAAGGCAAACAAUGGAAUUGGAAACACUUCAAAGAAGGCAUCGAGAAGAAUUAGAACGUUUUCAACAGCAUCAACUACAAUUAUUAAUUCAGCAACAGCAACAAGCAAGUGCAUUGCAUCAACACCAACAUCAUCCGAUGCUUUAUCACACUGUAGCCACCGGUGUAGCAACUGGACAAGUAAAAGCUCCGGGGAUGGAGGAUCACCUAAUGUUCAGUACCGUUCCGCAGACUCCUUUGCAAAGGGUAACGAGUUAUUCUCCAGAUACCGAUGAAACUUUAAGAUUAGCCAUGCAGAAGUUAAAACAGCCGCUUCAACAGACUCAACAACAGCAGGCAACGAGCAUACCACGUGCAUACGUAAUACCAAUUCCACUAGUGCCUCCAGAAAAUGUGCAAAAUGUUGCAUCUACUGCACAGGACAGCAACCAUGGGCAUGGGAACGAAUCAUUCGAGAUCAUUGGUUCAACAAAUGGGCCGACUGUUCUCAAUCGGUCUCAGUAUCAAUUUUCGCCAAUUCUGCCAGAUGGAACCGAUGACGCAGGAAUUAGUUCGGGUUCGUUGGUAGCGCCUAUACCGAUCUCUAGUUCGCGCGGAAACGAUGGUUGCGUGCACUAUCAUCAACAGCCAACAUUGGCCAACUUUCAAACCUUUGGAUAUACUCCACACGGUGGAUUCUUUGUACCGGCAGGCUACCGUCUGGUUUACGCACCCAGUGGAACUUCUUAUUCGCAGCCAGCAACUCCUGCCACGCCACAGCUAGGAAAUUCGCAUGAUGGAACACCACCCUGCGAACCUCAGCAAUUUAUGGAGACUGUGACUGCAGCUCUUUCUCAGCCUGAUCAAUAAAGUCGACUAGAAUUGAAUAGAAAGCAUACAGACGUGCAAAAAGCAUCUCGCCUCGUUCCUCGUUUGCGGUCAGCUUUUAAUACCUACAUUGUUGACCGUAGCCCUCUAUGCUUUACUUUUGUACACAUAUUACAACGGUUCUUAGUGUAAUGCUGUUUGUUGCAGCUAUUCUUAUGUAAUUCAUUACCAUCUAUAUAAUCAUUACACGGUAAUAUAUAUUAUGUGUAAAUUGGAGGUGAAUACAUCUGCACGCGAUUGCUUACACGUAUGGACUUGUAUUUAAUACCAACGACCGAUGUAUUUUCGAUAUCAGGCGAUUCGCUUAAGGUGAGAGUAAACAGCUUAGCUUCCUUAGAGGAGAAAUUACCUUUAUAGGUAUAUGUAAUUCGUUCAGGUUAGUGUCUAUAAUUCGUCAGAAACUGGAGUGCUUUAUCAGAUACAUAACCAGGUACACUCUGUAUUUCGUAUUCUCAACGCAAGCAAAGAAUUUUUCGUUUCAUUACGUUAAAUAUUCCAAUUUUACGCAGACUGAAGCUAGUCUUCGAUCGUGAUUGAUCAGAAAAACUCAUAAGUAAAUGAGUUUGCUGGGUAAACAUGUAUUUAACAUCAAUCAAACACCGAAUUCUUGUUAUAAACAAGUUUUGAAAUGCGAAUGUGUAUACAAAAGUGAAAACGGGAGAAAGAACGUAUGAAAGAGAAAUGAUAAGGAAGAGAAAGAAAGACGCAGAGUCACAUAUUGAGAAAACAGUAGAAAGUAUGAGUAACAUAGUCACUGUUAUGCUUUAAUGUAUUUUUAGCGAUUUAACUUCUUUAAUUAAAGAAAUUGAAACGAUGUGUUA